AUGCUGGUCAGCGUGCUGACCCACAGGCGGCGCCGCCGCCCCGUGGGUCAGUUUUCCGUCGACCCCGUUGACCGGUCGCUGACCCACGGGCGGCGGCGGAGACGGCAGGGUCGUCGGGCCGAGGGCGGGGAGGAAUUGGGGCCCAGGGGCGAUGAUUGCUCGCCAAGAGAGCGGGAUGGGGAAGACGGGGUGUUCACAAUGGAGUUAGAAGGCGUCGAGGCCAAGGCCGACGAAAUGAAGGCCAUCAAAGAAAGCGGCGGCGUCAGGGCGGACGAGCGGGUCAAGAGCCGUUUGAAAGAGCUGUCCAGUCCUCGUGGAGAUUUCGGGUGCAAGCUGCUGGAGGACAUCCGCCGCCUCAAAGAUGACCCCCCGACGGCUGCGGUCGACGAAGAGGAGGAAGAGGUCUUGGCUAAGAGCCUGAAGGACAUGGGGUACCUCGUGGUAGACACAGUUUCCGCGCUGCACUCGCCGGCCAGGCCGGUUUCCGAGAAGGCCUCCCGCCGCAGCGAGUCCCGCAACCCCGCCGCCUACGUGCACGGAUACUUGACGGUCAAAGCGGUCAAACCCAAUAAGCACGACGGUCAAACAGAGGCGGUGCACGAGUCGGGCGGCAAGUACCUCGUGGAGCCGCACUUCAAGAAGCACUUCAUCAUACAGGCACCCACCCAGCGCUACUCCGAGGUGCUGGACGUCCUCCCUGACGAGUACGUGGGCACCGCCGAUUGCCUGCUGGAGCUCGUUAAAGUACUGUGCCGCGAGAUGGCCCAAGCCUUCGCCCACACCGGCCGGCCCCUUCCCCCCUGGCGAUCCUGCGAUCGCGUCUGGUCCAAGUGGAAGGAAGCUUCCGAGCCGGGCCCCAGGGCCCGCAAGGCCUGGUUUUCGGGGCCUGGGCCCUGGGGCCCGGGUGCCGGGGCGCGGUCCCAGGCGCCUGCAGGCCUGCCCAAAAUCAUCUCGUUGGAUUUCCACCGGCUGAGCGACGAGGAGGUCCUUAAGGUCCACAAGGUCAGGCGGUCGCGUGGCCUGUCGCUCUUGACCGGUGCGAUGAAGUACAAGGCGUCGGCGCCCGUACCGGCAACCGUACCGGCACGUACCACAGGGCCUAUGUCGAGCGACGCCGAAGUGCUGCUGCAGGCGCCGCAGCGUAACGCUUGGCGUCAUGGGCUGAUCGGGUGCAAAAUUUUCGACUCCUGCGGGCGCGGGAACUCGGAUGCAACCAGCGGGAAGAGAGGGCCGAAGAGGGACGACUGCCGCGGAAGAGAGGUUCGUCGAUUGGGGGUCGCCGAUCGAGGAACGACGAACGGAGCGGACGAACUGGGGGCCGGGGAUGGGAGGCGGAAGUGGGUGGCGUCGAUUUUGGCACGCUACGAGGAGGGGUGGUUCGGGCUGGCAGAGCCGGAGCCAGGGGGGCCCAGCCUUCGGGCGCCCAUGUGCUAA